AGUAUCGUUGAGAAGGGUGUUCACUGUAUGCUGCGAGUAAGAUACGCAGGAGGGAGAACGAAGCGGGCUGGUGGCGGUGAAGAUGGCGGAUGGAGACAGUGGGAGCGAGCGCGGUGGUAGCAGUGGAGGUGGAGGAGGUAGCGGGUUUCAACAGUUCCAGCGGGAGCAAGAGACCCAGGAACUCGCUUCCAAAAGGCUUGACAUCCAAAACAAGCGUUUCUACCUAGAUGUCAAGCAGAAUUCGAAGGGCAGGUUCAUCAAGAUAGCCGAGGUCGGGGCCGGGGGCUCCAAAAGUCGCCUGACCCUCUCCAUGUCAGUUGCGGCCGAGUUUCGCGACUACUUGGGGGAUUUCAUUGAGCACUACGCCCAACUUGGGCCCAGCAGCCCUGAACAAAUCGCUCAGUCAUCCGGUGGAGACGAUGGUGGGCCUCGACGAGCCUUAAAGAGCGAGUUCUUGGUUAGAGAAAACCGAAAAUACUACCUCGAUCUGAAGGAGAAUCAACGGGGGAGGUUCCUCCGAAUCCGACAAACCGUCAACCGUGGGCCCGGCUUCGGAGUUGGAGGCCCUGGGGGCGGAAUGCAGGCAGGCCAAACCAUCGCGCUCCCGGCCCAGGGCUUAAUAGAGUUCAGAGACGCCCUUGCCAAGCUUAUAGAUGAUUACGGUGGAGACGACGAGGAACUGACCGGUGGCACAGCAGCGGGGGGUUACGGCGAGCUUCCCGAGGGAACAUCCAUCAUGGUGGACUCCAAACGCUUCUUCUUUGACGUCGGAUCCAACAAAUACGGAGUGUUCCUGAGAGUUAGCGAAGUCAAACCAAGCUACAGGAACUCUAUAACUAUCCCCUUCAAGGCCUGGAGUAAGUUCGGAGGAGCAUUCAGUCGUUAUGCAGAGGAGAUGAAAGAAAUCCAGGAGAGACAACGGGAUAAAAUGUACGAAAGGAGGGAAGAGUCAGAGGGCGAAGAUGUGGAGGACGAUUGAACCUCCCCAAGGCUGUCCGGCUGACGUGAGAUCUGCAGAAUGAAAAAUGUUGCAGUAUGCAGACAAGACAGAUUUACAAAGUGCAUGACGAAUCGAACUUAUACUAAAAAAUAUUGUGGCGUAAUAUACAUUUGACAGAAUUAUAGAUGUGUAAGAUCCGAAGUUUUUUGUUUGUAAUGAGGGUUGUUUGGGGGGUCACAAGUAUAUAGUUAAAAGCCAUGGGCGAAAGGUGCACGACAGGAAGGUCUUAUGAGGCAAGAAAAAAGUAUGAUUUGUUAUAAUGGCCUAUGACAACAUGGCAUUCUCCUAAACCAGCAACUCUUCAUCCUAAGAGGACAAAGAAAUCUUUAUACUGUCAGAUUAUAAUGACAAACAAAUCUUUAUAAUGUCAGAUUGUAACAUUUAUAUUAAGAAAAGCUAUUUCUCCCCUAACCCCCAACCCACAUGCAUUUACUUGUGUGUAUUGUUGCUAUCUAGCUAAUGACACAGGAGGUGUGCACGACCAGAGGUUCUGUCACACUCUCUCUCCCUGUGCCUGGGCCCUUAACGUUUAAAACUAGGUCAUAGAGGGUCCAGGGCACUUCUGUGUCUAUCUGUGGGAUGUUAAUUUGGCUUAAAAAUGUCGGCAGAAAUGUACACAAGUUGGCUGUUGCAAUGUAUGAUGUCAGUAGAUCCGAUAGCCAUGUCCAAAAGACCCACAUGCAGUGAGUGAGUUGAGUGAGGUUGGCAGCAGCUAGGCAAGCCUGGCUCGGCUGAAACAUGGCUACUUUAGAUGGUGGCCUCCAUACAUGGCCGAGGCCUGUCACCAGAGCUGCUGACUGGUGUUACCCCCCCAUAAAUCAGCUUAUAGGCCCUCGCACUCGUAAAGCAUUUUGUCCAGAAUUUCUGCAACACAAUUGGGACAUUUUUUUUUAUUUUUAUUUUUUUUCCUCCGCCAACAUGAGAUCAGCGGAUAUAUACGUUGCAGGAGUGGAUUAAUAACAAUGACUGCAUCAAAAUGGAACUUUUUUUUUUGGUUGUUGUGUGAAGUCUUGCAAUCCUCCCUCCCCCAUCUUCCAAGAAGCUGUUGUGGCCCCAACCAUGGCCCACGUCCUGCUUCCUGAAUGGGGCGACAUGCCAUUGAUCCAAAGGAACAAUCUCAAAUGUGAUCGAUGAGGAAUGCCAGGACUUUUCUGUGAGUCACCAGCUGACAGGUGACAGUGACAGUCCUUGGGGGGUGGUGGGGGGAUUCUCCUCUUGGACUGACUGAGAAGAGUGGGCGCCGGAGAGAGAGAGAGCCACACACUUUACAAGCUGAGCCUAAAACCAGCGCUGUCACCCAGAUUGGACCUUGGGGCUGUGAGGUAACACACGUCACACGUCACUCUCACCUGAGAAGAAGUAGACCUAGCUCUGUCUGUCUGUCCCCAGGCCAGGCCUUGCACAGCACAGGCCCCAUCAUACUCACUCCUGUCUUCUAGAAUGGACAAAAAGCCGCAUGAAAGGGUUCUUUUCUUUUCUAAGAAAACUAUAUUUGCAGAUUAUACUUUAUGAGAGAAAAAAAGUGGAACAAACCAGCAUAUUUUUAAUUACUUAAAAUAGAAUAUAUCUAUAUAAAUGACAGAAUUAUAAAAAAAGCCAUAUUGGGCUGAUUUCAUAAAAACAAAGCUGGGGAGAAGCAUUGUGCAGAUUAUUUUUCCUUUUUUUUUCUUUUUUUGUCGGUUUUCCUAUAGAAAGUGGAAGAAAAACAUCUAAGUAAAGAAAAAAUAUAUAAAAUGCAAUGUAUCUUGACUGUGUAAAAGAAUCCCAUCUUCUCUUCCUCACAAUAUAUGUUGAAAAAAAUGUAUUGGUUAAUGUGUUUCUGAAAAGUAUAGGCAACAUUUUAUUUAGCACACUAUCUAAUGGAUGGGACCCAUGUCACACCCAUGUGAGUCAUUUUUUUUGUUUUCUAAAAAUUUGCAUCUCUGUCCUUCAUUUGGAGUUGUCUUCUGUUUAAUUUAUUGAAUUAUCAGAAGAAUUUCACCUCUUUGUGUUAUUGUUUUAUUUACCUCCUAAUCCCAGGGAAGCAAACUUCAUAGUUUCUUUUUUUGUUGAUGGGCAAAGCAAAGCGAAAAAUAGAAAGACGUCUAUGUAACACUGUUGUCCUGUGGUUGGUGAUCAGUGUGCUGAGUUGAGUGUGUGUGUGUCUGUGACAGUGGAGGAGUGUUGGCUUCCUCUCAAUAUUAGCCUAACUGGGGAAUUAGGACAGCCCGCUCGUACAGGGAAAGCAUAAUUACACACACACAAACUCAAACUCACAUGGGUAUACUAUACACACACACGCACACAGUGGACACACUCAAACUCACAUGGGUAUUCACACACACACACACACACAUUCUCAAACUCACAUUAUCGUACAUACAUACACACACACUCAAACAUUGGUGCAUAUUCACAUACUUACUCCAUUACUGCACUUUAUUUAAAGGAGAAAAAAAAAACGUCUUGAGCAAUGACAGGUCAUAUCUAGUGCAAUGUAAACUCCCCAAGUGGGUCGCUUCCUUACUCUACAAGUCUCUCCUCUGCAGUCGA